AUGUUACUCGAGCAAGUAACCAGCGUCUCUCAUACCACCGUUAUUGCGGGCCUGAUAGCUGCUAUUGUGUUCACUGUUCGCCAGAGAUGGAAGCGCUCUAAUUCUUUGCUUCCAUUGCCACCAGGCCCGCCUAGCUAUCCGGUUAUCGAACAACUCCUUUCAAUGCCACUCUCCUCUGAACACACCGUAUUCGACAAGCAGGGAAAGGAAAUUAAAAGCGACAUAAUAUCUCUAAGCAUGCUUAAGAACACUAUCGUUGUUUUGAAUUCUGCUCAAUCUGCUGUUGAUUUGCUCGAGAAAAAAUCAUACAUAUACUCUGAUCGUGUUUGCCCACCUAUGAUACUUGAACCUACCUUAAUGGACUGGCGAAAUUACGUGGCGCUUCUUCCUUAUGGCGAUCGCUGGAGGGAGCAUCGCCGUAUGAUGCACACCUGGCUCCAGAAAGGUGCCGCAGAAUCGUUUCAGCCUUCUCAGCAGAGACAAGCCAGGCUGCUAUUGGUUCGCCUCAUGGAUUCGGAUAGUCCUCUUGAUGAUCAGCUCUAUCGCACGGUAGCUGCAACCUUGCUUCGCUCUGUAUACGGCUAUGAGCUUGAGCGCUUAGACGACCGUUUUGUGGCAGGUGCCAAGCAGGCUAUUGACAACCUAGCCCGAGCAGCCAUGUCUACGAGUGACUAUAACUCCUUCGUCCUAUUUCCAUCUACCAUAUUAAUCGCCUUGGUUUAUCUAGAUUUCCUUGUUAACGCUUUUCCAGCGCUCGCAAGGGUUCCAGACUGGUUUCCCUGGACCCAGUGGAAGCAGAUUGCUCGUUCGUUUAGAGAGCAAAAGAAUUCUAUUAUGAACGAAACUUUUCAAUGGACCAAAGACCAAAUUGCCAAAGGUAGCAACGAGCCGUCCAUAGUUCGUUCGCUAUUAGAGUCCGGGGCUAGCUCUGAGAUUAACGAAGAAGAGCUAGAAGAUUACAUCAAACAUAUUGCUAUCGCCUUGUUCGGAGCGGGAUCGGAUACCACCGUGUCUUCGUUGAAAACAUUCGUCUUGGCCAUGCUACUAUUCCCUGAGUGCCAAAGAAAGGCCCAAGCUGAAAUUGAUCGUGUCAUUGGAACGGGUCGGUUACCUACCUUUGAGGAUAAGGACCGCCUUCCCUACAUUGACAAUCUUAUCAACGAAGUAAUGCGUUGGCAGCCGGUCACGCCACUGGCGGUUCCCCAUGCAUGUACCCAAGAUGAUGUAUAUCGUAACUACCGUAUUCCCAAAGGCGCAAUUGUGUUAUGCCCCGGAAUUCACUAUGCCGGGGCGUCGAUUUACAUUACCAUUGUCUCCAUCCUAGCAGCCUACAAUAUUACCAAAGCAAAGGAUGAGAAUGGUGAAGAAAUCACUCCUUCGACGGAAGGAGUAGCAGAAUCUGUAGUCUAUCACCCUAAACCGUUCAAAUGCGUGUUUACGCCCCGUUCCGAUAAACAUCGUGAACUAAUUAUCAACGAAGCUUAA